AUGGAGUCUUGGGAGACCGAAGAUGAGAGGCACGCCUUCACGGACGUGGCUUUGCCGACACCCGCAGAAACGCCUCGGCGAACCCUCUCGAGAACUUCAAGAAAGUCCCGACGCUCAGUAACACCACCGAUGCCAUCGUCGUCCCCUCCCCGGCUGCCUGAGCCAAAGCCGGAACGCAGAAGCAGGGGCAUGUCGAAGGACAAGCUCAAGGGGGAGGAGCAGAUCAGCGCGCUCGACCCGCGACGUUUUACUCCAACUCUGCAUGCCAACCUGGUGUCUGAGAUCUUGGCGUUGCGUCGCGACCAGGAAGACAAGCUCAAAAUCAUCGAGACACUGGAAUUGUCCCUGCAGGAGUCUCGUGAAGAGCAGGAAGCCCUGCAAGCGUCUGCCCUUCAGACAGCAAAGGAAGGGCGGUCGCUCAAACGGCAGCUCGCCCUGUUGGAGGGCGGCACGUCGUCGGCUCUGGGCGAGCUUGCCAGAGAACGCGACGAGGCUGUCGACGCAAUUACUGAUACUCGAAAACGGCUCGAAGUCGCCCAAAAGAAGGUACGGGCACAGGAAGAAGAUUCAGAGAGGGUGCACCAGUUGUGGUCCCAGGAAAAGGACGAGUGGGAGGAAGAGAGGCGCAAGUACGAGCGCAAGUUGCACAUUGCGGACAGCCGCCUCAAGCUGGUCCUUGAAGAGGUGGCCAACAUGCAGAAGGUCCAGGAUGAUGGUGGUGCAAGCGCGUCAGCCGAGCGGCAUGGGGAGGAGGCGGACGGAACCAACAAGGACCACGACGCUGGCAGUGUGAGGACGAACAGCCUGACAAGCAGCGUGCGGUUCUCCAUGAUGAGCGGCCCUGGCAAGGUGCUCGGGCACUCCCUGGCUGACGAGCUGAACUUUGACGACGACGAGGACUGGCAGACGGACCCAGAUGGCCGCCAGAGUGUCUUGUCUCACUUUGGUCACAACCGCACCUUCAGCCGCGACAGCGUAAUGUCUCGGACUCAUCAUAGGAAUCAGAGCCACGACAGCCCCGUUCGCCCCGGAAGUGUCGCGCGGCGCGGCAGGAUGUACGCCAACCCAGCUGUCUUGGAACGCCUCCAAGGCGGGAUCCUCGAGGCCGCUGAGGAGCUGGAGGCGGCUCCCAAGGUUCAAUACAUGGACACGGGAAUCCAAUACUCCCCUCCUCCAUCUCCAGAGGUGCGGCCUGCGCAGCCCUCGACUCCGGAACCCGUGCAGCUGCCUGCCCUGGCCGACAUGGAGUCGCCUGCACGAAACGACGCCGAGGUCGAGGCCAACCAGAGCCGCAAGCGCGUGUACGUCAGCCGGCCAGCCUCUGCUGGGCCGAUGCCCCCAUCGCCGCCCAAGUCCAAGAUGGUGUCCCUGGGCACGCAGACUCUUGCCGAGUCUGCAGUGGCUCGGAUGAUCUCACCCACGCCGGCGCGGGCUGCACCAGCGCCGCCGCCGCCUGUUCCUGAGCGGAAAGCGCCAAAGCCGCGCCCGAUGCAGUCGACUGCCACGCAGACAGAUGCUGUCCCGGUCGAGCAGCCUGCUCAGACCAGUGAAGCUAGCAUUCGGCCCAUCCUGUCAAUUCCAAGCAUUAGCAUCAUCCCGCCAACCAGCAGGGCUGCCUCGCCAGAGGAACGUCGCCUGCCUCAGUACGUCAAGGACUUUGGGUGCCAGGUCUCGUUGUCCACCACGGUCGACUGCUCCUCGACGGCGACGCAGACGGAUGAGAUUCGUGUUGAUCAACGGCUGGAUAGGCUGCCUCUGCACCUUCACCCAUCCACUAUCUCCUCGCGGCCGACCUCACCAGCAGCCACCAACCCAGCCAUGGUCGAGGAAGCGGACAGUUUCACCCCGUCGCCUAACCCAGUCCCACCGCGCAACCCUAAGCGUCUGACCACCAAGAGGAGCUUCACGCAGGAAAUGCCAUCAUCGCCACCAGAUUCGCCCUACCUGGACAUGGAGACUCAUGAUUCGUAUCCGGGUAACAACGACAACGGCCCGCUCUCUACCGAGAACGCUCUCCUGCGACGGCCACCUCGCAUCAGCAGUUUGUUUGCUGGCUUUGAAGCCAGUUCUGACGAUGGCGAAGACUUCAAGGACGCCGAUCUGAGCGACGCAGAGUUCCAAACUGCUUUGUCGGCACCUAGACACACUAACAGUCGCCAGAGCCAGCGAUCACCGCCACCGCCUUCUUCUCCCGAGCAAGCACAGAUGAGGCGUGGCGCCGCCGCUAGUAUUGCCACGCUCACUUCACCCGAGGUGUACAGUAGCUACAGUCUCAAUGGCGAGGCCCGUGAGGUUUCAAAGGCUAAGCCAUCAUUGAAGUUGUCCACAAAGCCGGGCGAAAAGCCGUCAAUUGGCCUCUCCGGCUCGCGGAUGAGCGUCAUGCGCAAGGCUGCCAUGAUCCAGAAUGGUAUUGCGACGCAUCAGAAUCGGACACGCAGUCCAAGCUUGACUGAUACACAGGACCCACCAUUCCCUAUCCCUACGAGAGCAAGCUCUCGGCGGCCUCCAAACAGUUUCAUUGCCCCGAGCGAUGGCCAGCACAGUCCGACCCGGGCGGGCCAGUCUUACAACCGCCGCACCCACCGGAGCGUACCGUCCAGGAACGGCAGCCUGCGCAAAGUGAGGUCUGCCGCUCAGUUGCCACGAUAUGGCCGCGGCAGGAGGCAGGGCAGCCGAUCGCCGCCUCCCAUGUCACCUUCGGACGAUGCUCUGGAGAGCCCUGGUCUGCCACCUCUGCCGAGCAAUGACCUCACCUCGAGCAGGAGGGAUCCCUACAACCGUUACAAGACCAACCACCGGUCGCGCCCAUCAACAAACACAGCGAACACAACCAUAACGGAGGACACCAAUGUGCAGUCAGUCGGCAGCUCACAGCAGGCUUCCAGCGUGGUAGAUGCCAUUGCCCAGACCAUGGUGGGAGAGUGGAUGUUCAAGUAUGUACGCCGGAGGAAGUCUUUCGGCAUGGGCGACGUCAAGACGGGUACCGAGGAGAACAGCAACGAUCGCCACCGGCGCUGGGUCUGGCUGGCGCCAUAUGAGCGUGCCAUUCUCUGGAGCAGCAAGCAGCCCGUCUCUGGAAAUGCGUUGAUGGGCAAGCCUGGCAGGAAGUUGGUCAUCCAGUCAGUUCUGGACGUCAAGGACGACAACCCAGCACCCAAGGGCUUCACACAGAUUUUCAACCGCUCUAUCCUCAUCUUGACACCGCAGCGUGCCUUGAAAUUUACGGCAACCUCCGCGGAGCGCCACUACUUGUGGCUGACGGCUCUGUCGUUCCUGGCACACUCUCAGCAAGCGGUCCCCGAAAUCCUCCCAUCAACAAACGGCCCAGCUCCGCCGCCGACGAUGGGCGGUGCACCAGCGUUUGAGCUCAACAAACCCAAGGCUAAGCGUGGUGGUAUCCGCGACUCCAUCCGACUGACCAAGGGCAAGAACCCUACAAUGAUGACACGCAAUGGCGAGAACAAGACCAUCGUAAGCCCGCUCGGAGAGGGAUUCGCAUAUUCCGAGAAUCACUUCGUCCCCCAGGUUCCUCACCAGAGAGAACUAUCCAAGGAGGCUGCGGAGCCGCCAUUCAUCCCACGCUUCCACGAGAGAGGACAGGAACGCGUGCACGAGCGCGCGAACCAGGUCAUGCUUCACGGACGCAAGAGGAGCAACACAGGCGGCCACAUCCCACCACCCAUCUCCUUCCGCGGCUUCUCUGGCCCUAGCACGGGCAGCUAUCACACCACAAACAGCAGCAUCGCGGGCAACAGCGUCGGUACGGCUGGAUCUUCCGACAUCUACCAGUCUCAAGCUUCAAGCGGGCCGACCUGGGCCAUGAGUCAAAUCGGCUCGCAGAGGACAUCCGAAGCGUCGUCGCGCCCGCCGACCAACAACUUCUUCGAGGCUCUCGGCACAGUCCGCAUGGAGGCCUUCAUCAGCCCGCUCGCAUUCCCGCGUUUCGAGGAGCACCCGAACGAGAGCGAAGAGUGGAGGUACCGUGCGCGGAGGCGCAGCAAGGAGAUCCGUCGCAACCGGAGCCGGAGCAGGACGAGACGGGAUAGCUACACAUCUCGCGGCACGCGCAACACCGAAUCUGUCUACGGCGGUAGCCGCACCACUGCAGACGACGACUACUUCCGCAGCGAUCCCUUCCGGGGUUUCUAA